AUCAAAUAUUGAAUGUAUAAACAAUUUGAAAAAGGGAAGUUUACCAUUCUUUUCAUCAUCAUUAAUAUCUAAUGAGAAAUCAGUUGAAAAUUUAAUAGGUUUUUGUCAUACUGAUCAAUCUCCUAUAGUUUCCAAUAAUAAUUCUUGCAGUUCAAUUAUGUCUCUCAAUGAUUUAGCAUACAGUAAAUUUCAUGAAAUCUCUCCAAAAUAUAGUGAUAUAAAUUGUUUUUGUACUCAAAGUUGUCCAAUAAAUUCACAUCAAUUAAAUGAACUACAUCUUGAUAAUGAGAUAUCAUUUACAUCAUGUGUAUCUGAUUGUUGUUUUUGUCAAAGAUACCUCAAUUACUGUGAUCAUAAUCGGUUAGUUUCAUUUUCUUCUAAUAAUCAAUAUGAACAAGAUGAUCGAAUUGUACAAUCAUCACAUCAUCAUGAUCUAAAACAACAGUAUUACCACCAUUAUUAUUCUUGUCAACAUCAUCACCAUUAUCAUCAUCAUCAUCACCGUCGACUACAACAUCAUCAUCAUCAUCAUUUAAGUCAUGAUUUCAAUCAACGUCAUAUAAACUUCACGAAUAAUCAACACACAACAAAUACAUAUUGUACAAAUUAUCCAAAACAAAAUAAAGCUGUAAGAAAUUUUCAUUUGAAUUUAGAAAACCAAUAUACUACUAUUGGUCAACUAGAUCAAAUGAGAUCUGAUUGUAGGAAAAUAUCUCCAUCGGAUAAUAAAAAAAUUGAUUGUUCAUCACCUGUUAUCACUUUACAGUGUUUAAAUUUUACAGAAAAACAUUCAAAUAGAUUGGACGAUAAUAUUGGCAAUGUAACAAGUGUAGAUAAUAAUAAUAAUAAUAAUAAUAAUAAUAAUAAUAAUAAUAAUAAUAAUAAUAAUAAUAAUAAUAAUAAUAAUAAUAAUAAUAAUACAAUAGAUAAUGAGCAUUCAAUCAAUACAAGAAAUAUCUCAUCAUGUUUCAUAGAUUAUCAUCAACUUCAUAAUCAAACGCUUGUACAAAAUCUUGAGCAUGACGUUGUUGAGCAUAUGAAUGAAGGUGACAAAAUUGUUAAAUGUGCAAACUCAGAAAUUAUAUGUUCAAAUUUAGUUAAUGGUAAAUCUUUUGAUGAAAAAGUACAUUCGACGAAUAUUUCAAAACCUGAUAUUACUACUACUACUGCUAAUACAUUUCUUCAUCAAAAGUUUGUAACAGAUUUGAUACUUUUAAAACGCAUUGGUUGGUACUGGGGUCCAUUGACAGUGGAUGAAGCUGAAUUGCUAUUGAAAAACUGCACAGAUGGAACUUUUCUUGUACGUGACAGUAGUCAUGAUUCAUAUAUUUUAAGUGUCAGUUUUCGCUCUGGUGGUCAAAUUUAUCAUACAAGGAUUGAACAUCUGGCUGGUAAAUUUAGCCUGGCUCUGUUAAAUGAUUUAAAUGACAAUGUUUCAUCAAGUGUAGCUGAAUGUAUUGAACGUGUAAUGGUUGAUUCUUUUCAAGAUCGUAUGCAUUUUUUACCAACUCUUGAUGACUCUUCACCAUCUAUUAAUAUUAAUACCAGUGUACAGUUUAUUAAUAAUGAUCAACAUCAAUCUGACCAACAUCGGCAACUUCAACAAUUUAAUAAUAAUAAUAAUAAUAAUAAUAAUAAUAAUACAUCACAACCAUUCGAAUCCACACGCCGUUCUACCUCUACUACACAUAUUAAAGCUUCUUUAAUUCAUCCAUUGUCACGUUUUUUAAUUGUUCCAUCAUUAGUACAUUUAUGUCGUUUUGAAUUGCUAUUACAUGUUCGACAUGAUCAUAUUGAUUUAUUACCAUUACCACCGCAUAUAUUACGUUAUUUAAAAGAAAGUCAAUAUUAUGCAGAAUUUAUUCCAGCUUAUUUAGAAUUAUUAAGCAAUAUGAAUAGUAAUAAUGAUAAAGUUUAAUCACAAUUCUAAUAAUAAUAAUAAUCAAGUCAAUUUACAUGGAUUUCUUUGUUUUAUUGUAAAGAAAUUUACAAUUAGCAUUUCUAUUAUUACAUUCCAAUAUAUAACUAAGAAUUUAUUAUUAUUCAUUCAGUAUGUAUACAGUGAUGAAACGAUCAUAGAUUAUCAUGACAUUGGAUAGUCUACAGAAAUUACUAUUAUUCUAUAGUUUUAUGUUGAGUAAAAACAGAAGAAAAAAGAACAUUCUGUUUUGAUGUUGUUCGUUUAGUUCCAUUUAUUUGUUUGUUUCACAUCUAUUUUUUAUUGAUUACAGUUAUUUAUGUGUGUGUGUGUGUUUCUUUUAAUGCAACUGUUGAUGUUGUGUUACUAUCAUGUUGAUUAAUGAGAAUUUACCAUUGUGGAUAUCACAAACUAUACUACUACUCAAAUCAUGAACAGUAGUUCUUUUUUACUAUAACUAGUUUGUUUAGUGAAUAUUUAAACAUAUGAAUACAGAAUUUGUUUGAUUAUGGUUCCUUCUUUUUCUUUUUUUUUCUCUUAAAGAACAAUCAAGAAAAACUAUGUAUGAAUUCUACCUCACACUAUGCCUGUAAAUAUAUGUGUUCUUUUCUUCAAAUAAUUACAAUAUAUAUAUUUACGGAAUUUUUAUUCAUAAAUUUUAAAGUGAGCGUUUACUUCAUAAAUAUCCAUAUAAACAUAAACUUGACUUAAAAAUCAAUAUGACAUUCAAACGGAUUCGAAUAUUGAACAUCAGUUCUUAUUUUUAUGUUCUCUCUUUAUUGAUUAUUUGUUAUUGUAGUUGUGUUUUGUUCUUCUUUUUUUUCUUGGUUUUAUAUUAUCGACAGUAAUAAUAAGAUGGACUUUUACAACAUAAACUUCAUUAUUUUACUAAAUUUUCCAUCGGUUAUUAUUAUUUGUGUAUAUAAGUGUGCUAAUCGUAUUGUUUAGCUUAUAGUCUUACUAGUUUAUUUUGUCUUUGUUGUUCUUCUGGUUAUUUUCACUGUUUAUUUUAUAUAGCUGUUAUUAUCAAUGUGAAUAUUUCUAGUGGGUAGUAGUAGUAGUAGUAGUAAUUGUAUUAAAUAGUAAGAUUUAAUCACUGUUUAAAUAUGUUUCAAUGUUCUUUACGUCUGCCUACUGAAAUAUUAAUGAACUGUGUCAUAGUGUUAUGACAAUCAAUCUGUAUUUUGUUGUUUUAGUUUACAUUACAAACACAAAUAUUAAUGAUAAUAAAUAGUUCAUUUAAAUGAGAGAUAAAUUUUAACAAAACUAUUGUACGUGUAAAAAUAGGCUAAUAGUUUUAUUUACGUUUUCAGAUAGAAAUAAGUAAAUGUAACGUACAUAGAUUUAUGAUUAAAUGAUCGACAAAUUAUAAAUCCACACUUCAUAUCAAUACUUCUUUUAGUUUUUAAAUAUAAUUCAUCUAGUUU